CAAAGAGAGGCACAAUAAAAGGUGUGGUCAUUGGAGUGGGUUUAUAAUUCUCACCUGAGAAGAAACACGGCAUUUCAGCUGGUGUUGCUGCUCCAGGGAAAGUUCUUCUACUCCACCGACUCUCUCUUUUCCUGGUGACAUGGCCAACAAGAAAGUAAUUACAGUGUUUGGAGCAACAGGAGCUCAAGGUGGCUCUGUGGCCAGGGCAAUUUUGGAGAGCAAAAAAUUUGCAGUGAGAGCAGUGACCAGGGAUGUAACUCGACCAAAUGCCCUGGAGCUCCAGCGCCUUGGAGCUGAGGUGGUAAAAGGUGACCUGAAUGAUAAAGCAUCCGUGGACAGUGCCUUAAAAGGUGCCUAUGGGGCCUUCUUGGUGACCAACUUCUGGGACCCUCUCAACAAAGAUAAGGAAGUGUUUCAGGGGAAGCUGGUGGCAGACACCGCCAAGCAUCUGGGUCUGAAGCAUGUGGUUUACAGCGGCCUGGAAAACGUCAAGCGGCUGACGGAUGGCAAGCUGCAGGUGCCGCACUUUGACAGCAAGGGCAAGGUGGAGGAGUACUUCUGGUCCAUUGGCAUCCCCAUGACCAGUGUCCGCGUGGCGGCCUACUUUGAAAACUUUCUCACGGCGUGGCGGCCGGUGAAAGCCUCUGAUGGAGAUUACUACACCUUGGCUAUACCAAUGGGAGAUGUACCAAUGGAUGGUAUCUCUGUUGCUGAUAUUGGAGCAGCCGUCUCUAACAUUUUUAAUUCUCCAGAGGAAUUUUUAGGCAAGGCCGUGGGGCUCAGUGCAGAAGCACUAACAGUACAGCAAUAUGCUGAUGUUUUGUCCAAGGUUUUGGGGAAAACAGUCCGAGAUGCAAAGAUUACCCCAGAAGUUUUCGAGAAGCUUGGAUUUCCUGCAGCGAAGGAAAUAGCUGAUAUGUGUCUUUUCUAUCAAAUGAAGCCGGACCGAGAUGUCAAGCUCACCCACCGACUAAAUCCCAAAGUCAAAAGCUUCAGCCAGUUUAUCUCAGAGAACCAGGGAGCCUUCAAGGGCAUGUAGAAAAUCAGCUGUUCAGGUAAGUCUCUGAACCACAUAGCCUCUUUCCUCUCUGAUCCUUUUCCUCUUUACAGCACAACAUUCAUGUUGACAGAACAUGCUGGAAUGCAAUCGUUUGCAACACUGAAGGAUUUCCUGCAGUCCCCUCUUCAGUAGGAAGCACUGUGUUGGUGAUAGGACACAGUAAUCUGAUUCACCUUUAACUUGCUAGUUAGUGAUAAGGGUGGUACACCUGUUUGGUAAAAUGAGCAGUCUGGGAACUUGGAGCUUCUCCCCUAACACUAAUGGGAGGGCAGAUUUUACUGGGAUUUCUCCUGGGUGAGUGAUUUCAAGCCCUAGCGCUGAAAUUCCCCUAGGCAGCUCCAGUUUUCUCAACUGCAUUACAAAAUUCCCAGUGAACUUUUAAGUAGUUUUAAUUUUAAAAAGCGAACAUCUUUGUAGAGAAUUUUCUGGGAAACAUGGUGUUCAGUGAACAAGCACAAGCUCUGGAAAUGCUAAAAUUCAGUUUUGCUUCAAGAUUGGAAGUUUAUUUUCUGAAGUUUAUUUCAUUCAUAAAGUCAUCUAUUGAGCCACCAUUCAGUUAUUUGUCUAUUAAUUCCUUGAUCCUUCAUUUAUCCAUUCUGCAAACUUUUCUUGAGCACUAGCACGGGUGGCGCAUUUGUGGACUUCGCAUCAUUCCUAUGUGUUUUCUUCUCAGAGUGAUCCACUCUCAGAAAGGCUCCUUUCCAGUUUGUGGUUGGGUUGGAGUCAGGUCAGGGCCAGAGGGCCCAUCUCGCAAUUUAGCUCUAGGCAAAAUCCAGGGCAUCUGCAGUGGGAGUGGGGACAGGAAGCUGGAGGGAAGGCCUGUGAAGGGUAGGGAUGUGGAAAGAGGAGGUGACAGAAGGACCCCAUAGGACCUUCCUAUAUCUCUGGCUUAGCAUUUUUUACAUCAUAUUGUAAUCGUCUUAUUUGCUAGUUUUCUUUCUUUCUGUGAGUGACUUACGCUCAUCUUUAUCCCAGUGCCUGGUACAUAAUAAGUGAUCAAUAAAUGUUGAUUGACUAAAUGA